UUCAAUCAUGUCUUCUUUAUAUAUUCCUGGUGCGCGCUCAGUUUGUUGCUGACUCUUGGCAGGUUGAAGUUGAUUUUGGUGCGGCAGUGAAAGAAGAGGAUGUCAAACCUGAUGCUGGAGCGAUGAAAGUCUUGCCUCCCUGGAUGAUCAUGCAGGGCAUGAAUCUCACAAAGGAGCAACGUGGAGAAGCCACUACUGAGGAGUUAAAGGUCGAUGGGAAGCCAACAUCUGUAGAUUUGUCUGAUGAUAAAAAGCCAAAAGUCGAAAAGGAGGAUGAAAAAGAUACAAUACAGAGCGAGUACUAUAAAGCUUAUUAUGCAGCGAUAUUGAAAAGGCAAAAAGAACAAGAUGAAGCUGCGAAGAUGAAUCAAGAAGAGCUAACUAGUACUGAAAAUGGUUUCUCGGAUAUGCCUUCUGAUCGCCAGGUGGGCAUGAAAGCUAAACGUGAGGACGAUGAUGACGUUGAAUGGGAAGAUGCCCCAACAACAGGUAUGG